GACCUGCCUGCGGGCGGCAGGCGGCUGCUUCGCGGCCCGGGCCCGUAAGGUCGGUGCGCGGCAGCGGGACGUGCCGAGACGGUACGGGCCGGGCCCGGCGGUAGGGAGGCGGGCGGGUGAAGAAGCAAGUGGCGGCGUCCGGGCUGCCCGGGCCACGGCUGGCGGUGUCCUCGCGCGGACGGGAACGUGACGUUGGGAAAAGGGGACGGCGCGAGGCCUGAGAUGGCAAUAAAUUGGUAGGGCCAGGGCGCGGUGGCACGGGCGGCCGCGGCGGGGCCGGAGCUGGGGUGCCUGGUCUGCCGGCACCCGCCGGCCUUGCCGCCGUCAGGCGACUCCGUCGGCCGGUGCGAAGGAAGGAACGGGAGCUGAGAAACAGGGCAGCUCAGCACCAGCAACCGGGCGGCGCGUGGUUCUGGGGGGGUCGUGGGGUUACUCUGUGGCUUAUAUCCCUCGCUUAGGACCGCAGCGUGGGUAGGGAGCUCUCCUGAGCGUGAUUACACGAGGACACAGAGACAUUCGCUCCCAACUCUUUUUUUUUUUUCCUUCUCCCCCAGCCCCUUAGGAUCUCAAGUACCACGUGUGGUCUUUCCUUACUCAAAUGGUACUAGAGAACCCAAGCAGAGCAUGUGCAUGAAGCCCUCCUGUAAUAAUAAACUAUACAGUUCUUUUCUAGACAUAAUUACCAGGUAGAUGUUUUAACAAUGAACAGCAUCACCAAAAGCCUUUUAAAGUCAGUUAAACACAUCCAAGCUCUGUGGCCGAGAAGCAGUUCAGCUUGCUCUGGAGAACAGCAUCUUCGGAAACUAGUUCUGGGCAUAGAAACAAGCUGUGAUGACACCGGUGCUGCAGUGGUGGAUGAUGCUGGCAACGUUUUGGGAGAAGCCCUGUACUGUCAGAAGGAAGUCCAUUUAGAAGCAGGUGGAAUAAUUCCUGUGGUGGCUCAGCAACUUCAUAGAGAAAAUAUCGAGCAAGUAGUAAAAGAGGCGCUUAGUGUCAGCGGAGUGUCUGUAUGUGAACUUGCAGCUAUUGCAACUACAGUAAAACCAGGACUUGCGCUAUGCCUUGAAGUGGGGCUGCAGCACAGCUUGAACUUGGUGAACAAGUACCAGAAGCCAUUCAUACCCAUUCAUCACAUGGAGGCUCAUGCACUGACCAUCAGACUGACACAUCACGUGGAAUUUCCAUUCUUGGUUCUCCUACUCUCUGGAGGCCACUGCAUCUUGGCAGUAGCACAGGGAGUUUCAGAUUUCCUUCUGCUUGGACAGUCCAUAGACAUAGCACCAGGUGACAUGCUGGAUAAGGUAGCAAGAAGACUCUCAUUAAGAAAGCACCCAGAAUGUCACAGCAUGGCUGGAGGGAAAGCAAUAGAACACUUGGCUCAAACUGGAGACCGGCAACAGCACACAUUCAGGCUUCCCAUGCAGCAACAUCGUAACUGUGACUUUUCUUUUUCUGGACUUCAGUGCCUUGUCAAUAAAGCCAUUAAACAAAAAGAAAAAGAAGAAGGCAUUCAAGAAGGUGAGAUCCUAUCCUGUGUUAAGGAUAUUGCUGCUGCUGUACAGCACGCAGUGGCUGUUCAUAUUAUCCAGCGGACAUAUCGAGCCAUGCUGUUCUGCAUAAAAAAUAGCAUAUUAUCAUCAAAAACAGCAACUUUGGUUGUAUCAGGAGGAGUUGCAAGUAAUCAGUACAUCCGAAAAGGUCUACAGACUUUGUCAGAUGCAAAUGAUUUUGCUUUUCUGUGCCCUCCUCCAAGAUUGUGCACUGACAAUGGUGUUAUGAUUGCAUGGAAUGGCAUUGAAAAGUUACGUGCAGGAGUUGGUGUUUUACAUAGUACUGACAACAUCCGCUUUCAACCAAAAGCUCCCCUGGGAAUUGAUAUUUCAAAAAGAGUUGAAGAAGAUUCCAUCAAGGUGCCCAAACUAAAAAAGAUAGGAUGGCUGUUAUCUUAAAAAGUAACUUAGUAAAGUAAAUAAAACUAUAAAUUGUUCCAUGCAACUACAAAUUGUUCCAUAAACACUGUUUCAAGGCUGUUAAGAUUUACUGACAGUACUUAGUUUAAAAGUGUUGAAAAUUACCUGUCAGAGAAAUAAAUGCUGUGUGGUAUCACCAGAAUGAUCCCAGUUACAGUUCUACAAAUUUCUGAAUUCUAGGUAUUAACUAUUUUUUUUUUAAACGCACUUUUUAAUAAAUGUCAACUUACACAAAUGAAAA